GAGGUAACAUGCAGAAAAACUUAUUGGACUAUAUUAUCGAAUGUUAAAAAAAAAACAAAAAACUUACCAAAUUCAUUAGCUGGCCUCACUGGCUGCCAUCUCAGAGGAACAUUACAUGUCUUGGUUUUUCAUCCAACUGCAUUCGAGAGAGGGUCUGAGUCACUGCAGUAGAAAAAGAUAUGUAACCCUGCCACUGUUCUGGGCCUCUGAGCUACUGCCCCCAAAAUAGACAGUGUUUUGGUGGCCUACAUCUUUUUGAGGGCUAUAGUUGAGUGAUCAAGAGGGUUUUAAAAUGUUACUUCAUGGAAGCUGACAAUUAUUAUUCAAUUUGAGCAUAGUAUUGUUUCAUUUUGUAUAUAGUUAUUUGUUCAAAGUAGUAGUUUCUUUUCCUCAGUCACAUGAAGACUUCUCUGGAAUGACAGCAAUGAAAAGCUUACUGUGCCGACUCAAAUUUCAUAGUUGCACUCUAUUAAAGACCCAGUACACCGAUUGCUUCUGUAUUGCACAAUAUAUAUAUAUUUUAAAAACUUUUAGAUUACAGAUGAGAGACUAGAGUCAUCUUACCUUUUCACAUCGGUAGAUAUUUUUGGACCUUGCCUGUCAUACUGCAUUUUGAAAAUUAUUAACCCUGUAACAUUGUACUAACUAAGAUGACAUUACACGGUUCAUUAGUGUUACUUUUGCUUCCGAACGGAAAAUGAGCAUGUCUGUUAAACAGCUGCAAACAACCAUUAAAACCUCCCUUAAGUUAAUAUUUUUUCGUUUAUAAGUGAGUUAACCAUUACGCAAUUUAAUGUUCAUAUACAGAUAAAUAUAAAGCACAGUAUCAGAUUCACAGUUAACAUUUUAGGUGUAAAGAAGUAGCUUUGGCGUUUAGAUUAUUGCCUUGUCAAUAAGGCAGCUUGACACAUUUGAGGACAAAUGGACUCAAGAUACAGGCAUAAAAAAUACAGAAUUGAAAGAGAAGUACUGGAUGAGCAGGGUUUGGAAGCGUUAGCACAGAGAAAACCUUACGCUGAGACUCAACCGUCUAUAAUUAACCAACUUAAGGAUUCCAUGAGGUGUAAUGCAGCUAAACUUAAACAUGGUGUUUUGAGCACUUUCCCUGUGUUUUAUUGGCUGCCCAAAUAUUCGGUCUGGGACUAUGGUAUGCCAGAUCUCAUUUCCGGUAUCAGUGUUGGAAUAAUGCACCUGCCACAAGGUAUGGCAUAUGCAUUACUGGCCUCACUCCCUCCUGUAUUUGGCCUCUACAGUUCCCUUUAUCCAGCAUUAAUUUACUUCUUUUUCGGAACGUCCCGUCAUAUUUCAAUAGGUACAUUUGCUGUGCUCAGCCUAAUGGUGGGCUCUGUGACUGAGAGGCUUUCUCCAGAUGCUGAUUUCCUGAAAAUGAAUGGAACCAAUGUUACAAUAGAGGUGGACAUAGCUGCUCGUGAUUCGUACAGGGUGCAGGUGGCUGCUGCUACCACCGUUCUGGGAGGACUUAUUCAAGUUUUGCUGGGUUUGGUCAAAUUUGGUUUUGUAGGAAUGUACUUAUCUGAACCUUUGGUGCGGGCAUACACAACAGCUGCAGCAGUCCAUGCUGUUGUGGCGCAACUGAAGUACAUCUUUGGAGUGUCACCAGAACGAUUUAAUGGCCCUUUGUCACUGGUGUAUACUCUAAAAGAGGUUUGCUUCUUGCUGCCACAAACGCAUCUCCCUACUCUCGCUGUCAGUGUUGUGUCGAUGGUGUUGCUGAUUGCGGCAAAGGAGCUCAAUUCCUUCCUGAGCCCAAGGCUGCCAGUUCCUAUCCCAGUGGAGCUCAUCACAAUUAUAGCAGCAACUCUGGUCUCAAACUAUGGAUACCUGAAUAGAAAGUACACUAUUUCAGUUGUUGGAGAAAUCCCAAGUGGUUUAAGUUCUCCAAUUAUACCAGAUGUGAACAUUUUUAGUCACGUCAUUGGAGAUGCUUUUGCUCUGGCUCUAGUAGCCUAUGCCAUAUCAGUUUCACUCGGAAAAACAUUUGCACUGAAGCACGGAUACCAAGUGGACAGCAACCAGGAGCUGGUGGCACUGGGUCUCAGCAAUACAGUUGGGGGUUUCUUCCAAUGCUAUGCUGUAUGUGCAUCCAUGUCUCGAAGUCUCAUUCAGGAGAGUACUGGUGGAAAAACACAAAUGGCUGGAAUAGCAUCCGCUUUAAUUGUCUUGGUUGCAAUUCUAAAACUUGGUCCACUUUUUCAAGAACUACCAAAGGCAGUCCUGGCCGCUAUUGUCUUUGUGAACCUGAAGGGUAUGUUCAAACAAUACUCAGACAUUAUUCUUCUAUGGAGGAGCAACAAGACUGAUUUGAUGUUGUGGCUGGUCACGUGGGUAUCUACGCUGCUCCUCAAUCUAGAUGUUGGCCUUGCAGCUUCCGUUAUGUUUGCUCUCCUGACUGUUAUCUUCAGAACCCAGCGUGCAGUAUACUCAAUUCUGGGAAACAUUGAAGGUUCAGAGCUGUAUGUAGACAUAGAGACACACAAAGAGGCAAGAGAAAUUCCAGGCAUUACAAUAUUUCGCUCUUCAUCAACAGUGUAUUUUGCUAAUGCCGAACUGUACCUAGAGGCCCUGAAAGAAAAGAGUGGACUUGAUGUCAAUAAAAUUAUUACCUAUAAGAAGAGACAAGAGGCCAAGAAGAAGCGCAUGAAAAAGAGAGAUGAGAGACAUGCAAAAAGACUAGCCAAGAAAGAGCAUAAUGACCAGACAGCAGUGUUCUCUGUGGAGGUAGAGGACAAAACCCGGAGAAACACAAGCAUGGUGAUGAAUGGCACAGAAAAGGAAGAGCAGAACUGGACCGACAGAGAAAAUGGCACAGUCUUUGUAAAACCCAAUGCAACAGAUGGUCAGUGUAGGUGGGAGUGCUUAAAGGGAGGGGAUCCAGACAACAUAAGUUUAGAAUGGAUGCCUGAGCAGAUUGAUGGAGACGCCACAACCCUCAGCUCCAAAAGUGAAGACACCCUUAGUCGUGAUAUGGAGCGUCUCUCUCUCGGGUCACUUGGCAAAUGGACAUGGGACAUUCACUCUAUUAUUCUGGACCUCUCCACAGCUAACUUCAUUGACACAGUGACUAUAAAGACCAUGAAAAAUAUUUUUCAAGACUUCAGUGAAAUUGAUAUUGAUGUUUACAUAGCAGGUUGUCAGGCUUCUGUCGUCCAACAGCUGGAACUUGGCGAUUUCUUCUCUGAAUCAAUUACAAAGAAACAUCUGUUCGCCUCUGUCCAUGAUGCUGUGCUUCACUGCCUUGACCAUCGCAGAUACGACUCAUUAGUUAACAUGGACAACAACACCAAGCUUUAGGAACUUCAGACAGUGAAGACGUCAAUUUCUCAACAAAGAAUGUGGGAAAGACCUAACAACUAAUUGGUCAUGUUUAAAUUCUUGAGAUUUAAGUUCGUGCUAUGUUUUAGAAUGUCUUUAUAAAUUAUAUUAAUGUUGUCAUUCACUGUGAUUUAGCUAAAUCAGUAGUUGUUAAACAUUUUGCAGAAAAUAUUCAAUACCACUAGAGGGUGCACACGUACCUCUGGGUGCUACUCUUCGCCGUAUACCGCCUAUAGACCCUACCCACCGACGUCACAAAAUCACGUGCUCGCUGUAUGGUUCCGCCCCCUUGUCCGUCAUUUUGUGUCUGUAUUAUCAAUGGUCUCAAUUGAUCGAGCAAUUUAUAAUGCAUUUCAUUGAAGACUCGGUGCUUUCGGAUGCCGUAAACUCACUUGAUGCGUUGCAUAAAAGGCGUUAUGUGGAAAAGCUUCAGUUUAUCCAUUCGCCAGAUCCAUAUUUGAUGCCUAAAUCGAUGUUUUUCGACCCGCUGUCUCCGCCGUAUUUGCCUGACAUCUGCUAGCAACCCUGAUAUGUACAACUAUCUUGUCCACACAAAAUCAGCCUAUUCUCACGAAAGUUUGAAAAACUUUAAGAGCUUGGAGGCUUAUAAAUACUUCGUUGCUGGUUGGGUGAAACAGGUCCUCGUCCACGAAAAUUCGGCAGGAAUCUAUCUUGUGCUAGGAAAGGUGAGUUACGAAAUUUUCAAUUCAAAAUCUUUUGUUAUUGCUAACAUCCACUGUCAAGUCUAAUGUAUUUCAUGUCGUUUGUCAAUGGAGUUAGGGCUUUUAAUGUUUAUAUGGUUUAGCGAUAGCACUCUCACUACAUACAUACGUGUAUGUUGUCGGCGAUUAGCCUAGCAAUGAUCUUAAUUGUGGUUGUCAGCCCAAAACCCUCUAAAUAUAUAUUAAAUGCAUCUUACCAGAAAUAAAAUGACUACUACAUAAUCUGUGGUAAUCGUUUGGAGCCCAGUUUUCUCGUCGAAUUGCAGCAGCCCAUCUCGCUCUCUUCUCUCCGGGUCUCUCGGAAUCCGGUAGAACUUCAAGUCUCUCCGUCUUCUCCGUCUAUCUUCUCUGUUAUUGCAACCGACCGCCACACACGCCUUCACCAUUUUGAUUAUUAAUGUUAACGAGCAGAAAAACUCGUCGUAAAUAGGAGGAAUGUACGUAGCCGUAACAGGUAAACAUGAUGUGUUGACGGACAAGUGGGCGGCACCAGUCAGGAGGAAGGAGUUGUGACGUCACGUGGGUAGGGUCUAUAGUGAGCUGCUAUAGACCCUACUCACCAACGUCACAGAAUGACGUGUCGCUGUAUCCGGCUGCCAUAUUGUCCGUCAGUGUUUAUCCGUAUUCUCAAUGGUUUCAAUUUGUCGUGCAAUUUAUAGUGCAAUUCAUGGAAGCCCCGGUGCUUUCAGACGCUGUAAACUCAUUGGAUGCGUUGCAUAAAAGGCGUUAUGUGGAAAAGCUUCAGUCUAUCCAUUCGCCAGAUCCAUAUUUGAUGCCUAAAUCGAUAUUUUUCGACCUGCUGUCUUCGCCCUCUCUGCCUGACAUCUGCUACCCUGAUAUCUACAACUUUCUUGUCCACACAAAAUCAGCCUAUUCUCACGAAAGUUUGAAAAACUUUAAGAGCAGCACUCUAAGCAACAUUACCCCGUGUGACCCUUUACUUCCAAUUUUCUAAAAUGGCGACAAUCAAUAAAAAAAAAAAGUUGACUGUGAUGGCCGACGCUUCAAGGAUAGGUGGAUAUUGGACUAUUUCUUCAAUAAAACACGCAACAACUGUGUCUGCCUCAUUUGCGAAGAGACAGUCGCUGUUUUAAAAGAGUUCGAUGUGACGCAAUAAUGAUAUUACCGAACAAAACACGCUGAAAUGUACGACAACAUUACAGAGAAGAUACGCAGCGAGAAAUUAUAGCAACUUGAAGCUAGUUUAAUUUCACAGCAGCAGUAUUUCGCAAGAGCCCGAGUGUCGAAAGAGAACGCCACAAAGACGAGAUUGUUGAAAUUAUGAAUUAAAAAAAUUAUAAAGCAAAUGUGACACACAGAAGGGCUUGCUAAAAUUUGUUUAAAUAUAUUGUUCUAUGUAAAUCAGCCAAGGUAGCCCCCCGCAUUUUUACCACACCAAAUCUGGCCCCCUUUGCAAAAUGUUUGGACACACCUGUUUAACUUCUUUCACUUGGUACCAGCUAAAUAUUAUUAAAAAAAUAAUGACGGUGGAAAAAAUAAGCAUCUUGAAUUUGAAACUGUAUGUUGUCGGCGAUUAGCCUCGCAAUGAUCUUAAUUGUGGUUAUCAGCCAAAAACCCGCUAAAUAUAUAUUAAAUGCAUCUUACCAGAUAUAAAAUGACCACUACAUAAUCUGUAGUGAUCGUUUGGUGCCCAGUUUUCUCGUCGAGUUGCAGCAGUCCAUCUCGGUCUCCUCUCCGGGUCUCUCGGAAUACGGUAGAACUUCAAGUCUCUCCGUCUAGCUUCUCUGUUAUUGCAACCAACCGCCACACACGCCUUCACCAUUUUGAUUAUUAAUGUUAACGAGCAGAAAAACACGCCAUAAUAGGAGGAAUUUAUGUAGCGGUAAUGCUUAAACCCGACAAGCUGACGCACAAUAUGGCGCGGAGGCGUGGUUGUGACGUCAUGUGAGUAGGGCCUAUAGCUUCCAGUGACCCCGUGACCCUGGUGUUGAUAAACGGCCAAGAAGAUGAAUGAAUGAAUGUCUAGAUACUUAAUCCCUGACACUCAGUAAUGUUAUUCACUCACUCCAGUGAUUGAUAAUGGUGUAAUAUUGAAACAUACAAUACACAGACGUUUGAUUUAAUUUCAUUAGGGAAAUACAUAUACAGUAUAUCAACAAUAAACAAUAAAAAUGGAUUAAAGGAGCAAAGACAAGGCAACAUGCGUUACACAGGUGUGUGUAUUUUUUGGUCAUUGCAACAAUAAGUUAUUCUAAAAUGUUUUCAUUAGCAAUCUCAGUUAAGUGCAAUUUUAUAGCAACAGCAAAACGUGCAGCUAUUUCAUGCAAUUGGGUUCUACAGUUUCUUUGUAGGACAUUUUAGUGCAACAUUCCCGAAACGGUAUAACCAGUCGAUUCAAUAAAUAACAGGAUAACAAAAUCAAACAAAAUGUGACAAUAGUGCCUUUAAAGUUGCAUAAAACCACUGUGACCUCAUUCCAUGAAUAAAUGCUGUGGUCACCAAAUGUGCUGUGUGCAGGACAGAGGGGGCAGGGCCUGGAUUAUGAGCUACAAUUCUUGAUGUAUAUUGGAAUUCAGUGUCAGAUCUUCAUCAUCUUCAUCCUCUGGCU